UCCCAUCCCAACCAGAUGCGUGAAAAGGAGAAAAAAGAAAAAAAGGGGAAAAGAGAAGAACAAAAACCCAGAUAUGCAGGGGUAUCUCCCAAACCGAGUCACGCCAAAUGCCGCGCCCUCCCACCUGAUGCAUUACCCCACUGGAUGCCUGCCCCCUUGCCCAUGCCGCCCUUCGCAUGCAUGGUCAUGGUCAACGUUCCGUUCUGCACUCCCGCCUCGUAUUCCGACCAUGUGUAAGAAACACAGAGAGAGGAAAACCGAGAAGCCAAUGGAUCGGUGAGGAACAGAAAAGUAAGUGUCGUCAUCAACGCCGUGCAUCGCAUGUGCCACUUCAAGAUCGCUUCCCAGCUGCACCAUCGGUUUAUGGAAUGCUGUGGUCGUCAUCACUCAUUAUCGUCGUAAAGUUUUUUUUUUGUGCCUUUUUGGUAUUGCGAGUUGUGUUUCGAUGUUGUCGCGAGAAAGCGGACAACUGGGUGUCAUUGGGUUUGCUGAGUCAACGUCUCAUCUUGCGUCGUCCGCGAAGCGGUCGGACGAAUGUGGUCGGGGAGCAAGAGCAGCCAAAAGUGCCGGGUGGCUCAUUGCUUCGGUUUGAAAUGCCCCGAAAUUGUCUGUUGAGAGCGAGUGUCGAGAGUAGAUCAAAAUGUGUCGAAGGAACCGUCGAGGGAACAUAUUGAUCGAAGCUCUCGGAGCAAGCGAGUUUGAUGGCGGUGUGCCAAAGUGUGCCGGUGUGUUGGCGCUGAAUACGUUAAAAUGAAUAAGAAGAAAAUGUGCAUGAACUCGAAAAUGUGCCGAAAAGUCAAAUCAAAAAGAGUCGGUUUGUUGGUCGAGAUUGCGUGCCAAU